UGGACACGUGAUUCAUAAAUGUAUUGACACCAUUCCUAAAAGUAUAAAAAUGGUAUUCAAUUGAAAGAAACAAAAGAGUUCUAUGUGAAAGACAGUUUCAUUCAUAUACACUUAUAUGUAUACAUAGUUGUAUAGAAUUACAUAUAAAUAAAUACAUAUACAAGUAUACUGACUGCUGAACACUUUCAUAUAAUACUUAUUACAUUCAUAUUAUUAUUAUUAUUAUACAUAUUUGAGUAGGUAUUUCUACUAUGUUAGUGAUGACUGUGAAAGUUUACAAAAUUAAUCUUUAUUCAUUUUGAAUGAUACCAAAAUCAAUACUUUUGUUGGAAUAUUACUUAUAGUGGAUAGAUUAUUGUUGAAAUGUCUUUAAUUUUGGAUCUUAAAUAUUUAGUUGGAUUAACUGGUAAAGGGGAUCGUAGAAUUAAAGUUUUAUUUCGAGAGGCUAAAUUGAAUUCAAGAAUUGCUACUGGACAUGAUAGUGUUUAUUUUGGACAACGUAUUAGUUGGCCAGUUAGUCGUUCAUUGGAUGAUAAAGAUGUAUUAAUUUUAAAAGCUUAUCAAAUAAGAAAAGGUUUACCAGAUAGUUUACUAGGAUCCUUGUCAAUCAAUUUAUAUCCACUGACUCGAGAUGUACAUUCAAUAUUUCGAGAAAAUCUUGUGGAUAGUUCAAAUCAUCCAACUGGCAUAUUAUUAUUAUUUGAGUUACGUUAUCAAUCACCUGAUAGUACACAUGGUGAUCUAGAUGAUGAUCUUGCUAAUUAUCCGCUAGGAGACACAGAUUAUGGACUUGAAGAUGCAGAAUAUGAAAUUCAUCAAGAUCAACCUCCACCUUUUAGUUCAUAUGUUGAGUUGAAUGGUGAUUUCAAUCAAAUAAUAGAUCGAGAACUUGCUCUUGCUGCAGGUGACGAAUGGGAGGUAGAGAGUCAACUAUCUGCACCGGAAAGAAAAGAUCCGCGUAUUAUAUCCAUGCUUGGUCCAACUGUCUACAAAUCAAAUCAGUUCCAGCUAGGAAUCAAUGUAGUUGAAGCUCGAAAAUUAGUUGGAACUAAUAUCAAUCCAAUGAUUACUGUAACCGUUGGAAAAUCUGUACAGAAAACAGUUACUAAAUAUUCAACGAAUUGUCCAUUUUAUGAUAAUUAUUUUGCAUUUGAUUUUGCUCGACCUAAAAUAAGUGUACUUACAGAAAUAAUUCGUAUUCGAGUAUUUAAUAUGCGAUCUCAUCCAUUAGCCCGUCUUUUACCUGGUAAAUUGAUCGGUGAAUUUAUUACUGAUGUACAAACAGUUUAUAAUGAAAAAGAUCAUGCAGUAUUAAAUAAAUGGGCAGUGAUUAUCGACCCCAAAGAUCCAUGGAAAGGUCCUACGGGCUAUGUUAAACUUGAUAUGCAUGUCAUAGAAGAAGGGCACCAAGUUAAACGAAUUCGAAGAGAGAAACCUGAUCAUGAUGAAAUAAUCGAAAAUCAUUUACUAUUACCACGGUAUACUGGUAUGACACAAAAACGUAUUAUGCUCUCCAUGAAAGUCAGUAUAUAUCAAGCUGAAGAUUUGCCUCCAAUGAAUACAGAAAUAAGCAAUAAAAUUAGAAAAGCAUUUGUUGGAGAAAAUACACCAAAUCUUGAUUCAUAUGUGGAAGUUUCUUAUGCUGGACAUACAGCUAGAACUAAAACAGAACGAUAUAAUUAUAAUCCAAUAUGGAAUGAAACAAUUGAAUUUUGUGAUUAUUUUCCAACAUUCACUCGAACUAUUAGAAUUAAUGUUAGAAAUGGUGGAAUAAAAGGUGAACUAAUUGCUACACGUUUAAUUGAUAUACGUGAUAUUAUGUGCCAUAUUACUGGUCGUAAUUUUCCACAUUUUGGACCAUCUUGGAUUAAUCUUUAUGGAACUCCACGAAUCUAUACAUAUGCACAAAUGUUACGGCCAGAAGUAGAAUUAAAUCAAGCACUUGGAGAAGGAGUUGCCUAUCGUGGUCGACUACUUCUAGCUAUACGAUCAAUGGAAGAUGAAGAUGUAGUUCGAAUUGGUACUAGUAAAGUUGUUGCAAGUCCUGUUUCAGAGACUGUAGCAGGGAAAAAAAGUUUAUACUUUUUAUUUGCUUGUUUCUCUGAAGCAAGUGUAAUUGAGAAAAAACUUGGUGUUAAGAAUAAACCAAUCUCUUAUGAAAUCAGUUUUGGAUUAUACGGUAACCAGCUGGAUGGAAAACGAGGUGGAGUUGAAUUACAGACAAUAGAACUUGCACAACCAAAUAAUACACGAGAACGAGUAGACUGGUGUUAUUCAACCACAACACCACUGAAUCCAACAACAGAUGAUAAAGAAUAUUAUUAUUUAAACUUUGGUAAUAAAAAACCAUGUUUAUAUUUAACUGGUUAUUAUGAAGAUCAUCGUUCCAGAAUGUGUAUACCAAACAUUUUAGAGAAAUUAAGUGAAGAAUUGUAUUAUCAAAUACAACGUGUUAAGCACUUGUUUAUUAGAAGGAAGAUAACCGAAGCUAAAAAUUACCUACGUACAGUUUUUUUGACAAUGGCAAAAAAAUUCAGUUUAGCUCAAGAAUCAAUUAAAUCAUGUCGUGAUACUGCCAGUACAACAUUACUUGAUCGAGAAUAUUCACGUAGAAUACGUCGUGAUUUAAGAAGAAUGGCUAUGUUAAUGAUUCAUUUAUCAAAACAUAUACACAGAAAUACAUUGGGUGAAAAAAUUAAAGAUGCCAAUGCAUUACACAAUCGUUUGUGUAAUUUAAGUAAUUGUCCACAAGAUGGUUUACCGGAUGUUUUUAUUUCAAUGAUAUUGGAACAUCAAAGAGUUGGUUUUGUUAGAAUUCCAGCACGAGAUAUAUAUUAUUCAGCUGUAGAUUGUGAAAGAGGCAAAUGGAGUGGACAAAUGGCAACUUUAUACUUACGUAAACAAGGUCGUGAGGGUGUUGGACCUAAAGGAUGGAGAAUUCAAAGUCAAAUACGUGUGUAUUUAUGGCUUGGUUUAAUUAAAGAUUUUACCGCUUACACAUUUGGUUUACCUGGUGGAUAUGAUAAGAAUAUAUUUAAAACACCAAAACCACCAAAUGAAUUAAUUUAUCUAGAAAGUAGUCGUUUUCAGUUCAGAUGUUAUAUAUUCAUUGCACGCGAUCUAAUAGCCUCUGAUUCAUCUGGUAUGUCAGAUCCAAUGGCAAGAGUUCUUAUUGGACCACAUGUUCUUCAAACCCAAGCAUUAUAUCAAACUAUGAGUCCAAUGUGGGAUGUUGUCUUAUAUAAACAAGUAACAUUUUAUCAAAAUGCUCAAUCAGUAAAACAAAAUCUUCAAGAGGUUAUUGUAGAAAUAUUUGAUAUUGAUCCAGGAAAUGAUUUAGAAUUUAUGGGACGUUGUUUUUGUGAAGUAAAUGUUACUUUGGAUGGUGAAAAGUAUAAACCACCACGUUUACAAUGGUGGCCAAUAUUUCGAGGACAAACUCCUGGUGGAGAAUUACUUGCUGCUUUUGAUCUAAUUCAGGAUGAUCCUCAAGUGCCAUAUGAAAAUUUACCUACGUUUGAAGAAUUAGCUGCAUACACAAAAGAAUUUGAUGAUCGUGUUAUAUUAAAAAGUAUUCCAGGAAUGUACUUAGAUGAUGAAGAUGAUUUGAAUAAAGAUUCAGAUGAUGAUGAUAAUGAUAAUGAAUUGGAUACAGUUGAUGAAUUUGAUGAUUUAAUAUUUGAUGCUGAUUCUGUCUUAUUAUUAGAUAAUUCUAAUGAUAUUCAAAUAAAUAAUACAAGAAGAAAACAAAUCAAAAUUGGUAUGGCACCACCAAAACUUGUUUUAGUUAGACGAAAAGGGGAUUAUCGAAUACCAGAUAAUAUUAGACCACCUUUACAACGAUUUAGAAUGGAAGUUAUGUUUUGGAGUGUAUGGGGUAUGGUGCGUCAACAUUUAUUACCAGUGAAAAGACCACGUGUAGUCGUUGAAAUUGGUGGACAUAAAUUAGAAUCUGAAAUUAUCAAUGAUUUAUCUAAAAUGCCACUUUUUGAGACCCCAUUGAAAGCAAUGGAUAUUUAUUUACCCGUAGAUGAACGUUAUUGGCCACCUUUAGUUUUUACAUGUUUUGAUAAUCGUAUACUUGGUACAAAGAUCACAAUUGGAAGUCAUACAAUUUCUAAUGCACGUGAUUAUUUAGUGUUUGAUAAUGACAAUCAAUCAUCCGAUAGUGCAAGUACAAUAUAUAUGGAUAGUGAAUCAGAUAGUCCAAGGAAAUUAAAUUUUAAUUUUGAUAAAACUGAUUAUUUUAAUGAAAAUGGACCAAGUCUAGAAAUGUUAACAAACCCUUCCAUGGCAGCAGCAGCAACAACAACAACAACAACAACAACAAUGGGACCAACUCCAAUGAAAUUAAAUGAUAAUGAUUUAGAAAGUAAAAAAUCAAUGGAAACUGGUUUAUCAUCAGUAGAAUUAUUAGCUGAUAUGAAUCCAAAUUUUCAAAAAUAUAAUUUACAUUAUAAACUUCCAGAUAAUGCUGGUGAUUUAGAUUUAGUAUCUAUGGAUGGUGAUAAUUUUGGUCAAAUUAAUAUUGAUAAAAAGCCAACAGAUGCAUUACCUGGAAAGGCUCAUCUUGUUACAACACACUCUGGACCGACACCUGAACAAUUAGCUGCAGCUGACUGGUGGACCCGAUUCUAUGUUACUAUACGAAGUGGUGAAACAAAUUUCGAUGAUUCUCGAUAUAAGGGUGAAGUUAAUCCAUUAACUGAAUCAGAAGAUAGUGAUAUUGAAGAGAAACUAGAGAAAGUUGAUGUAAAAUCAGAGAAAGACUCAGAAGAGGAAAUUGAUAUGACAACUGGUACUGGUACAAAAUUAAAUCAUUUAAAUUAUAAAUUAAAAAAGAAAUGUUGGCAAAGAACUCAUAAAGCUGAAAAGAAAAAAUUAACCGCUUUAGAAAAACGUCAAUUGGAGAUUGCAAAACGUAGAGCUAGAAUUGAAAAAAGAAAAAAAAACAAAAAAAAUUUAAAAGCUAAAAUUAAAGCAAGAUUUAUCGAUUCGAAAGGAUUAUUUUUAAAAGAAUUUAUUGAUUUAAACUAUGAUGUUGAAACUCAUGAAGAUCAAAGUUGGGUAGAAACAAUACUGGUGUAUCCAGUGGCACUUGAAGAAGUUCCAGAUUUCAACGGUUUUAAUUCACCUUUUCUAAAUCUUCCGUUUUACAAAGGAAAACAAUUGGAAGAUCAUGCAUCUGAAAGUCGCAUUACAGGAUUUUUCAAGGGUAAUUUAGUCAUAUAUCCGGUGAAUGAUGAUGAACCUUUACCAACUGAAAUGUCACAAUUAAAGUUAUAUAAGACAUUGCCAAUUAAAGCAAAGUUCAAACUAACUGUACGAUUAUAUGUUAUAAGAGCAAUCAAAUUACAUCCAACCGAUCCAAAUGGCAAAUCUGAUCCAUAUUUGAUUGUAUCAUUGGGUAAAUGUGUUAUUAAUGAUCGUGAUGAUUAUAAACCGAAAACAUUAAAUCCGGUAUUUGGAAAAUAUUAUGAAUUUGUAGCACAUUUACCAAUGGAUUCUUUACUUAGUAUACAGAUGAUGGAUCAUGAAAGAGUUGGAGCAGAUACAUUGAUUGGAGAAACACAUAUUGAUAUUGAAAAUCGUUUCCAUAGUGCUCAUCGUGCUACUUGUGGAUUAAUGCCUAAAUAUUAUGCUCAUGGCUAUUGUCAAUGGAAAGACAAUCAACAACCGACGGAAAUAUUAGCUAAGCUAUGUGAAAAAUAUGGUAUUGAGCAGCCUGUUUAUAAUAUAUUGGAGAAUAAAAUCACCAUAGGCAAUGAGUCGUUUUUUGCUAAUACAGAAAUCCGAAAUGAAACUGGUAUAACAGUUAAAUCAGUAGAACCAUUGGCCUUAGAAGCAUUACAUAAUUGGUCAUUGAUUACAAACAAAGAUGUGAAAUUAGUUAGUGAACAUGUGGAAACACGUUCUUUAAAACAUCCCGAUAAUCCAGGUUUAAUUCAAGGUCGACUACAAAUGUGGAUUGAUAUGUUUGAAAGAGAAGUUGCUGUUCCACCACCGGCUAUAAAUAUUUCACCACGUGUACCAGCUGGAUAUGAAUUACGUGUUAUUGUGUGGAAUACAGCUGAUGUAAAACUUACUGACACUUCAUUAUUCUCUUCUGAAAGAAGUUCUGAUAUUUAUGUUAAAGGAUGGGUAAAAGGUGUUGGAAUUGAUGAUCAAAAAACUGAUGUUCAUUAUAGAUCAUUAUCUGGUGAAGGAAAUUUCAAUUGGCGUUUUAUAUUUCCAUUUGAUUAUAUUAAAGCAGAAGAUAGAAUAAUUUAUCCAAUUAAAGGAACAUUCGAUAUUGAACCACAUAUGAUUAAAGCUAAUUGUGAAUUGACAUUACAAGUAUGGGAUGCUGAUAUUAUUACAAGAGAUAAUUUUAUUGGAUCACUGACAAUGCGUCUUUCAUCCUUGCCACGAUGUGCGAAAACUGCAAAAAGUUGUGGGUUACAUCAAUUAGAACCAGAUUGUCCAAGAUUUUCAAUGUUUAAGAAUAGAACUGCACGUGGUUGGUGGCCAGUUACUGAUGAAGAAGAUGAAGAAAUUGUCGUUCAAGGUAAAGUUGAAUGUCAGUUGGAAAUGUUGAAUAGUGCUGAAGCCGAAAGUAAUCCUGCUGGCUUAGGCCGUGAAGAACCAAAUGGACUGCCAAAACCAGAUCGACCAGAUGCAUCAUUUAUGAAAUUCCUUGGACCAUUGAAUACUCUUCGUUACUUAGUCAAAUAUCGUUUAAAGUGGAUAUUGAUCAAAAUCUUUGUCAUAUUCUUGGUUUGUUUAAUUGUCUUCUUAUUUCUAUACAGUUUCCCUGGUGCUAUUGUUCAAAAAAUGGUUAAUGGUUAAUUACACACACAUACACACUUACAGACAUACACAGAUACAUAUAUACAAUAUAAUUCAGUUGGAAAUAAAUUACUUCGUAACUCACUGAUUGAUUUUCCCUUAUUUAGGUAUUAUUGAUUUAUUUCUUAACUGAGACAAACAAUACACAAACAUUAUACAGUAAAUGAUUAUAAUAGGCAUGUAUAAAAUAUAACGUUGAUUUAGAUGACAUCUGAGUGAUGCAUAUUUACAGUUCAUAUAACGAAUGACAAUGACUAUGAACUGUAGUGAUAGAUGAAUGAAUCAAUGUUAUUUUAAACAUUUUAUUUAAAUACAAAUAUUGUAUAAUUAAAAUUUAAUGUUUAUUAUCACUUAGUUACGCCUCUUACCCUCUAAUAGGAGAGAAAAGGCCGACCACUAGCAUUUUCCAGACAACUCUGUCCUUGAUAAUCCUUUCCAGUUGCUAUUCAUUCUUUCCAUAUCCGCUUAGAAUUCCCAACGUAAUGUGUUCUUACUUAUUCCUCUUCUCAGUUUCCAUUCAUGAUUCCAAGUUAGUGAAUACUUCGUGAUGCAGUUUGAUGGUGUCAACAAUGUAUCUCUUAUCCACCUUCCAGAGUCUUUUCCUAAUUUCCUCUUCAAUUGGAAGCCGGUCUGUCCUCUCACACAGUGGGUUGUCGCUGAUAGUAUCAGGUCAGUCAACAUUGAGUAUAUUGUGUAGAUAAUCAUUUAUAAAUACUUGUACAUCUUUGAUGAUGGUUUUGGUGGCUUUCCAAGUUUCAGCUCAGUACAGUAGAACUAUCUUGUCUUGCCAACCCUCGCCUUCACGUCUGCAUAGGAUGCUUCUUGUUCAUCAAUGAUGCUGCUGUCCAGAGAUCUGGAACAUCCCACAUCUCCCAGAGUUUCUCCAUCAAGUGUGAUUGAGUUGAUGUUCUCCGUGUUGUAUUUGAGGAUCUUGGCUCUUGCCUUAUGUAUGUUGAGGCUUAGUGAUGCAGAGGCCGCUGCUACACUAGUUGUCAUCACCUGCAUAUCUUGGUGUGUGUGUGUGUGAUAGAAGAGCUAGGUGAUCUGCGAGGUUCAAAUAGUUUAGUUGCAUCUAACUUGUUCAUUGUAUUGCCGUAGGAAACAACUUCGCUAAAAAAAAUACGCUAACCAGAAUAGACUCAUGAUUUCAACCUGUAAAAAUCUCCACAAAACCCAUUCUGAUAAAACAAUAUUAAUCCAUUAUUUAUGUAUUAAUAAUAGAAAGAUUUUUAACAGUUGAAUUCAUGAGUCAAUGAAAGCUAGACAACCAUGGAAAAAAUGGAGGCCGUUUUAUUCUAGUAUGAGACUCCUCAGCAGUGCGCAUCCACGAUCCCAACCCAUGAGAUCCGAACACAGGAACUGUCGGUCUCGCACACCAACGCUUAACCUCUACACGGAAUCCAUCAGUGUUAAUAUCUAACUUCAACCAAUCCACGAAAUUGCCCCACUGUUGUGGAUGCGGAGGAAUAGACCAAUAAUUAUCAUGUUAAGUCCAAUGGUGUCCUUGGACUUUAAAUGGACAUUUCCUAUUGGUCGAUAUCUGUUCACUUGUUGAAUAUUGUACAAAAUGUUGUUUUCUAUUUUAUGGUACGAUGUGGUAUGCUUGAUUGGUAUAUAAACAGAGUAUGUUUGAAGUAUAAUGAUUCAUAUCUCAGGUUGUGACUUGUGUUCUGGACUCAACUGACUGGGCUAGACAGGGAAGCGAGACCAAUCGAGACUCUAGGCCGUCCGUACGUGUUUACGUGUCACUGUAAUCGAUCGAUAAGUACGCUGCUCUAUAAUUUUCCAGUCAAGGACACAACAAUUAGCACAGGGUAAAAAUCGACCGCAACUUAAAGCCAUAACACCCACCCUCCACCAUUGUCUUCAGUCAGUUACUAUCUCACAACAGACCUGGUUAAAUUCCACUCGUCACGGCUUAUUACUAAAUCUCAAGGAAAUACCUUUUCGAGACAGUCACUAGUGAGCAUAUGAUGAUUAUUGUCAGAAAGGGGUCUUAUGGAGAUUGUAGUAAUUUACUAGUUGAAUUUAUGAGUUAAUUGAAGCCAGAGGUUUGACGUUCGCGCGUGAGACCGAUUGGUCCUGGGUUCGAAUAUCACGAAGCGAGUUCAUGAACGUGCACUGCUGAGGAGUCCCAUACUAGGAUGAAACGACCUUCUGGUGCUUCCAGAUUUUCCAUGUUGGUCUAGCUUCAGUUGACUCAAUAAUUCAACUACUAAAUUACUACAAUCUCCACUAAACCCUUCUCUGAUCAGAAAGAUUUUUACUAAUCAAUCAAACAAAAUGCAUCAAAGAUGAAAUCAGUAAGAAAUAGUUAUUAUUGUCUGUCUUUUUUCAUUAAAAAUAAACAAACAAUGAAUUGUCCUGAUAGAUAAGAAUGAAAAAUAAGUCUUCAGAAGUUUAUGAUUGUCCCUCUUUUCUCAUUGUCAUAAUUUAUUGCAAAAUAAGAUAAAUGGUUUGUUAUACACUAACUAAACUAAUGAAUGAAUUACAUUAUACAUUGUACUUUAUAUAAGUUGAACAGGGAAUUCAACGCAAACUAUAUCUUCAUUUGAACUAUCUUGUAAUUCCCAUCUGAUGGUUAAAGAUAUCUGAAAAGAGGAAAACUUAAGAUUAAGAAAUCAUUAAAUUGCUGUCUAUUAGCUGAUAUCAUUAGAAAUGCAAACUAUGUUUUUACUAGGUACGAACAAAGCAACGAAGCUGUAAAUUCGGAUACCUAAUAAGUUUAUAGUACCACUGCUCGUGUUUUAAUCAAAUAUAUGACUGAAUUCUAUACAAUUAAUCCCCUUUAUGGAUUCAUAUAAGAGGAAAAUGACAAUUUCGUGGUUUCUCAUUAGCUGAUUGUACUGUGGUGUACGUUACUUAUGCUGACAGAUAUAAGUAGUACUUAACGGCAAUUGGAAUUGGAAUGCUUGCCAGAAUAAUGUUGAAUUGAAAAGAACAGGGAGGGAAACAUAGUGUAACUGAAAUAAUAACAGAAUUGGAAGAAUCAUGAAAUAUGUAAAGGACAGUUAAAGCAAAGUUAACAGUUAUGGUCUAUAACGCAGUUUAACCUUGGUGUGACCCGUCUUUAUUGAAUUAUCAAUAUUGAAAGUAUAUUUCUUUUAUAAGCGUGACUAUUUCACAUUAUUUAAUUUGUUUUACCCCUUUCUCACUGUUCGGUUGUAUGUUCGUUGUGCUGAUAGCGUAGUGGUAAAUAAAUCUCCAAAAUCAAUAGCUCUGUAAGUCUUCGACAUUGGAUGCUGACCACAUUAGUUUUAACAGGCUCACCUAGCUGAAGGAGCUCAGUCAUGUAUCCGCACCAGAUCACCGUGCUCAACAUCCCCUGUGAUCGCUAGCCAGAUUAGAUCAGUUGAUUCUCGAUAUACUGAUAGCCUAUCAAGUAUAUCUUCGAACCUCCUCUCUUCUAUCUUUUGAUUUCACUUGGUGGGUCAGUCAGUCAAUCGGCUACAACGUAGGACCAGGCACAUAUAUGCAUCAGUCCAAGUUGUCAUACCUCAUUAACACAACAAGAUGGACACCGGAUUCAUAAAAGUAGUUAAUUCACUUGUAGUAAUAUAUAAAAGAAAGAUUGCAAUAAGGAUAUAGUACAGAAAGAAAGAAUUAGUUCGUAGAAAGAAAGAUAUGAAGCGAUUUUAAUCUCUUAGUUUAAGGGAAGACAGAGAGUGUAUACACCGACGCCAUUGUGAUCGAUUUUGAGCCAUGUCACCAAGAGUAUCUUACCAUUGGUUACGAUAGUCACGCGGACCCCAACCAAGUAGUCUGCAUCUACCAACAUGGCUCAGAUUAGAAGUUAGUGACUUCAAGCACUGGUUUGGCCGCUUCUAACUUUCUUCCAACCAUCUCCAACACCGGUUAGCAUUGCACGACGUGGUAAUCGGUGUUCAGGCAUACGUAACACGUGGCCCAACCAUCUCAGUCAAUGAAGAUUCACAACCUCAUCAACUGAUUUACCAUCAUUCCCUAAACCCUGCGUCUAACCUCACUAUUACUUACCCGGUGAUCCCAACAGACGCCAGCAAUAUUUCUAAGGCAUCUAUGGUCAAAUACUAGUAGCUUACGAGUAUCUUCUACUCUUAAUGGCCAUGUUUCGCUGCCGUAAAUUAAAACACUUGGUGGGUACGAUUCAUAUUAGGUGUUAAUGGUUAAAGCGUUGUCAAAACUCCAAAUACCUGUGGCAUCCUCGAUAGUAUAAAGGCUGUAUUUCUGUAGCAUAUCGAGUUUCCAAAGACUGAGUUUCACCUAUUUUAGUAUAGUUACGCAAAGACUAGUCCAAUAGUUUUGAGGAAUUUAUAGCAACUCAUAUGCAAUUGAGUUUGUUCAUAUUUAAUUCGAUCAAGUCAUUUUGUUAACUUAUUAACGAACUGAGUCAUCUGUACAACAAUAACUUAUCUAUAUCAUUGUAUCUUCAUUAUUGUUGCGAAUGUAUGAACAUGUAUGGUUGAGCAUUGCUAUCGCCUACGCAUCUAUUCACACUGCCAGCCUUACUACUAACCGCUUAAUUGGUUCGAUGAUUCAUACAUCUCACUAUGUAUAUAUAUGUCCAUGUUACUCAUGUUCAUUGCUCUCUCUCGCUUAAUUGUACUCGCUCACUCGUACUUAUAUUCGCUGACUCACUCGCUUGCCUUUCGGCACAGCUCUUUCAUGCUUGUUUAACGAAUCUGUAAUUUUGGAUAUCUGUGUGUGGCCUUCUGAUUAAUAUACCGUUGGGCAGUUAUCUAGUGACGGUUAUCAAGACGAACUGUAUACGAAGUUUAAUGAUUAUAUCGAAUACCGACCACCACAAAUUGUUCGUAUGGCGAACUCUUAACCACAGGGAUCCACAGUAUUCCCAUUUUACGCAUCGAUUUCCUCCUAUCAAUAAAAGUUUCUUUAAUUAACUUUUGGAGGGUCGAUCUCCUACCAGGCUUAUCAAUUUAGAAUACACAAAUCCAGUCUCUUCAGACGCCUUGAACAGCAACACUAGCAUGUUCGGAAUGCGUUCCGUUCCCUAUUAAUCCAAAAUGUUGCUUUAGGAUUGGUCUAAGUCAAUGCUUGAAAUAGUGAUAAGAAGUGAAGUAGUUAAUUCUCGAUCACUUCACUUAUAUUGUAAGUUUCGUCAGCCUCCGGUGGGUCGGUGUCUGAUGAAAUGUCGAUACAGACUCAGGAAGUCCUGUUGGUGUUUGUUAACUUGGGUCACUUGUGGCGCAGGUGAGAUGUCAAUCUACCAACCAAUGGGCGGGUAAACUGGUCAGAGAUCCACUAUUUCCUAUCUGAUAACUAUGAAACGUGAUCUAUAAAAGUAGAGAAUAUGCGUAGGCUCGAAAGUUUUGGUCGCAGAUGUCUUCGAAACAUUGUUCACCUUUUAUGACAUGACCAAGUAAGCAAUGUUGAGGUUAGAUAUAGGGUACUUGCCGGUGUCAAACAGGUAGAUGACGUAGUGAAUUUCCAUCGACUGUUUUGGUUGGGACAUGUAUCACGCAAGCUUAACCACCACCUACCUCGACGGACACUUCUUGUUAGUGCUGGAGUAGGCAGGAAGAAAGAAACGACUAAACCAAAACGUGGCAUCAGUCAGCGAAAUCACUGACUAUUAGUCUAAACUAUGUUGAUGGACAUAGACUACCUUGUUGGUUAAUAACCCCAACUGUAAUCACUGGCUAGAGACGUCGGAUGACAUGGUUCAGAACUAUUUACAAUGACAUAGAUGCAUUCCACUCCUCAUUUUCCUCUCGAUCUUGAAUUUCAGUAUCCUUUCAUAUAUACGUUUCCCCACUCUGUCCUUUUAAACCAUAUUCCUAAGGUUAAGCCCUUCUUUUUAUGAUUGCUACUACACUAUUUUGAUCGCUUGUUAUUCUCAGCACAUUGUGCCAGUUACGUAUGGCAACUUGGGCUAACGCACAUUUGUGCCGAGCUAUAUGUUGACGAUGUUUAAGAUUUUUCCCUAAAAAGCAUACUUGUAAGGGGAAUAGUCUGCAAGAGUGAUGAGACAAAAAGUUACAUACGUAAAAUUCGAAGCCAAAUUCAUAUCAGUAUAUUAACUGGUGUACAUACUGUAAUGAUGCAGAAGUUAAACGUUCUCUACGGAUAACUAGCUUCCCUGGAGAUUCCGUCUUUUUAAAAAAAUUAAGGAAGGUGUGAAUAGUUGGCUCUAGAAAUACGAUACCCUUUAUUGGUUUGUGGAUUUUAGAUACAGGGGGUUUGAAAAGUACAGAGGCGAUUAUAAUAAAAUAACUACUAAAAUGCACUGUAUAUGACGGGACUUCAGUAACUGUUCUUUGAUAUCUAUGACCAUGCUCGGAUCAAAACGAUCAUCAAUACCGAUCCAGUUAUCCAUUUUGCGCUCGUUAAGAAUAAACGUCUAUCCAUGGUGUGGGUAACUGAAAUGUGUGAUCCAUCACUACACUUUAAAUCUCUUAAACAAGGUGAAAUAGGUGAGACGGUUAUCAAAACUAUGGUUAAGUGGUUCAAACCCACCAUCCCACUGUGUGUAGCUUAUAAUGUCAGCAAACAAAUUCCCCGAUAACGCUACAUACAUUUAUCAACCGACAAUUUGGUGUAUUACAAAUGGUGAAUCCUUAACUAAUUACAAUAGGUGUCCGCAGAUGAAACACUGUUCUUAAAUAUGUGCAUGUGAUGCAAAGUAAA